AUGAAGGUGGGAAAUCAUGACGAAUCUCACUGGGAGAAUAGGACCUCAGUGUCGGAGUUCAUCCUGCUGGGGUUCUCCAGCCGGCCCGAGACACAGCUGCUGCUCUUUGUACUCUUCCUUAUUAUCUACCUGGUGACUCUUUUUGGGAACAGCCUCCUCAUUGCCCUUGUCAAGACUGACUCCCAUCUUCACACACCCAUGUACUUCUUCCUGGCCAACCUUUCCUUUGUAGACAUCAGCUACACGACGACCACUGUACCCCAGAUGCUGUUUCACCUCCUUUCCACAAAGAAAAGCAUUUCCUUUACCUCCUGCGUUGUGCAGAUGUACAUCUUCCUUUCUCUGGCGAUAACUGAGUGCAUUCUCUAUGCUGUAAUGGCCUAUGACCGGUACGUGGCCAUUUGUCACCCUUUACGCUACACCAUCAUCAUGAACAGGUCAGUCUGCAUCAAGAUGGCCAUUAGCUUCUGGGUAUCUGGCUUCUUCUUUGCCACACUGAAUACAGGCUUCACCAUGAGGUUGCCCUACUGCAACUUAAAUGAAAUCAAUCACUUCUUCUGCGAGGUGCCAGCCAUCUUGAAGCUGGCCUGUGCAGACACACACCUCACUGAGCUGGUUCGACAGCAGAACCACACCUCGGUGUCGGAGUUCAUCCUGCUGGGGUUCUCCAGCCACCCCAAGAUGCAGCUGCUGCUGUUUGUGCUCUUCCUAACUAUCUACCUGGCGACCCUCUUUGGGAACAGCCUCCUCAUUGCCCUUGUCAUUAAUGACUCCCGUCUUCACACACCCAUGUACUUUUUUCUGGCCAACCUUUCCUUUGUAGACAUUGGCUACACCACCACCACUGUACCGCAGAUGCUGGUCCACCUCUUCUCCACAAAGAAAAGUAUUUCCUAUACUGCCUGUGUUGCGCAGAUGUACAUCUUCCUUUGUCUGGGGAUAAUUGAAUGUAUACACUAUGCUGUAAUGGCCUAUGACCGGUAUGUGGCCAUUUGUCACCCUCUGCGAUACACGGUCAUCAUGAACAGGUCAGUUUGUGUCAAGAUGGCCAUCAGCUCCUGGGUGUCUGGCUUCCUCUCUGCAAUGAUUCACACAGGCUUCACCAUGAGGUUGCCCUACUGCAGCUUAAAUGAAAUCAAUCACUUCUUUUGCGAGGUGCCAGCCAUCCUGAAGCUGGCCUGUGCAGACACACACCUCACUGAGCUGGUGAUUUUUGUGAUGGCAGUUAUACUGCUCCUCACCCCACUGUCUUUGAUCCUAAUCUCCUAUGUAUUCAUCCUGGAAGCCAUCCUGAGGAUCAGCUCAGCUGAGGGGAAGAUUAAAGCCUUCUCCACCUGCACCUCACACAUCACCGUCGUGACUCUCUUCUACGGUGCUGCCAUGUUCAUGUACAUGCGCCCAGCCUCCAGCUACUCACCCGAGCGGGAUAAAAUGUUUUCCCUCUUUUACAAUGUGGUGUCUGCCCUCCUGAAUCCUCUUAUCUACAGCCUGAGGAACAAGGAGGUCAAAGCAGCAGUACUCAAAAUGAUGGGCAAGACGGACCACUGA